GAGAAGUUAUACCCAUAUUUUAUAUCAUCCCUUUUGAUUAUUUCCAAGCCUUGAUCAUUGCGAUCAUUUUAUAGUGAUCGAUAAACAGAAGACGAAGACAACUUCCGUUCGCCGGUGGACGAGAUUGUUUUUCGAAAAUUUCGAUAUGUUCAACAGACCUCAGAGUGCAACUACGAGGCAGGAGACUGAAAUGAUCAAUAAGGCCCAGAGAGCCAUACAUACAACCACGGAUUCCAUUGAAAAAUUACGUUUACUCUGCUUGGCCAGAGGUGCCAAUGGCAUCCUCGGGCUUGGCAGAAUAUUUCGUCGUAUGGACGACGACGGUAACAAGCAAUUAAAUUUGGAGGAAUUCACUAAAGGUUUGAAAGAAAGUGGCUUGGAUAUAUCGGACGAAGAGAUAAAUGAGAUAUUUCAAAAAUUCGAUACCGACGGAAAUGGAAAUCUCAGCGUCGAUGAGUUCAUCUACGCCAUAAGACCUACGAUGUCUCAGAGCCGUAAAAAAGUAGUUGAACAGGCAUUUCAAAAAUUGGAUAAAACCGGUGACGGUGAAAUUACAAUAGAUGAUUUAAAAGGAGUGUACAAUGUAAAAUGUCAUCCACGUUACAUAAGUGGCGAAGAAAGCGAGGAAAGUAUUCUUAAUAAGUUUCUCGGUAAUUUCGAACAAAAUGCAACGAAGGACGGAAUAGUGACUUUAGAGGAAUUUAUGAAUUAUUAUAGUGCGAUAAGUGCGAGUAUCGAUUAUGACGCGUAUUUCGAUUUAAUGAUACGUAAUGCUUACAAGCUUUAAAAAAUAAAUUCUAUAUUAUUAUUAUUAUUAUUAUUAUUAUUUAUCUAAAAAUAAAUUAAAGCAUCUCACGCACACGAGCUUCUGUUUGAUUAGAAUUAUUUUGACGAAUGUGAUACAAAUUUUAGGGUGAAAUAGCACGGAAAUAAUUCAAACCAUGUUAUUACAAUUUUUCAUGGAAAUAACUAUUAUCGAUCAUUACUAUUAUAUACGAGUGCUGUGAAACUAUGAUUAUAUAAGGAUCGUUUGUAACAACACGAUAUGCAUAUAUAUAUUUAGAUGUAUAUAUAAUUUCGAUUAUCAAAGUUCUCCACGUUAUAUCCUCUUCUCUCAAUGUUUGACAAAGUUGGUUGCAGGGACCAAUCUAAUGACA